CAUCACCCGUCACGUGACACAGUCAGACAUGGCGUCCUCCCGGAGACGGGUGUUGUGUUUACGCUCCGGGAUAUGGAGCUUGUUAUUUUAUUUUGUUUACUCUCAUUUUAGGGUUGUUCUGACGGAGGAGGUGGAACGCUGCGACAACUUACGACUCGGACAGUAUCUGUGUAAAGAUCCAAAGAUAGAUGAAUCCACACAGGAGCCGGAGAACUGCAAGGGCAUAACCGCCUGGGUGGAGUGCCUCCCAGCUCCGAACAUCAGCUGCCGGCUCUCUAACGGGACAGAGUUCAGGUUCAGCGGUGAGGAGGUGGGCUUCAACAAAACCGUCCCCUGCAGGAACGUGAGCGUUUAUUCUUAUAAAGUCGCAGUGGCUCUGUCUCUGUUUCUGGGCUGGCUCGGAGCCGACCGCUUCUACCUGGGAUAUCCUGCUCUAGGACUCUUGAAGUUCUGUACUGUUGGUUUCUGUGGAAUCGGCACCUUGAUCGACUUCAUCCUGAUUGCCAUGCAGAUCGUCGGUCCAGCAGACGGAACAGACUACAUCGUGGAUUAUUACGGCGCCCGGCUGACCCGCCUGUCCAUCACCAACGAGACGUACAGGAAGCCUCACCUGUCUCUGUGAACACGCCCACAAACGGACUGACGUGGUCAGCGAAGUACUCCCAGAGAACAGCAUGCAGGAGCAGAAACACUCUUAACAUCAUUCAGUCUAACUUUGUCAACACAAUGAUUUUGUACAACAACAAAUAUCAAAAAUGAUAAACUUCAAGAAUAAGAGUCACAUAAGGAGGAUCUGAUCAGAAGCCUUUAAAGGGUCGUUCCACCUCAUUGUGCAUGUGUUCAACCCACAACCUGUACACCUUCACAUUCCUGCUGAUCUCUCUCGCACACAGUUCAGAUAUCCCCCUGCAGACUUCACAUUAUGUCCAUGUAAACCUGCUUCUGUUACUGUAAACAUGUUGUCACUUUAAAUCUGAUUCCCAUCAGCCGCUCUGUUUUAUUUAUUAUGAUUUUGUUAUAAAAGUUGAUAUGUUUUGCUGUUUCGCAUUUAAAUUCUGAUGUUUGUAAAUAAAGAUACUUUUGGUGAAUUGA